AGAAGUGAUGCAAAACACCGGGUGACUAAUGUGUGCAUACAACGAUCAUCGUUGUUUCCCUGUUCCCGGUUAAGAAAUGGAACUUUUUCAGGCCCAAGAUAACUUCAUAAUUCUGAAUGGGCCGAACAGUUUGUGGUGUAAUCGGCAAGAUGGACGACUGCAACCACGCUAUGGUGAGCUGAUGGCGAACAACGGAAGCCUUUCCUGUGCUUGUUGUGGUGUUUUCUUUCUAAUGAAGAAAUUUUAUCCUUCUUCUGUUAUAGGCGUUGACCUUGGCGAAGCAUGGUCCUUGAAAUGUCGUGGAAUUGUUUACGGGAUCAUUGGAAAAAUCCAGUUUUUUCCAGGUAGACAGUCGGUGAUCAGUGAUGCGUUAGUUUAGGGUUUUCGCUAGAAAAUAUCCACCCUUCAUAACUUUUUCACAGCUAUUUUUAACUCUUCCUCUUGCUACAAUAUUCAGAAAUUCUAAAAUCGUGCUAUUUAUUUUUUUAAAAUCUAAAGUAAACCCAGUUUAUAUAAGAAAUUUAUAAGCUUAAUCGGAGCUUACUUAAAAUUUCAAACGAUUCAGAUAUUUUUUGACAAUGUUUGAUGGCGAAUUAAGCUUCUGCGUUUUUUUUACUUUUUCAAAUUAUAGCUAAGCUUUCAGUUCUAUACCAGAUCGUAGAGAAUUAGGUGAAAAACACAAUAAUAGUGUCGUGAACGUGCCUUAAAUUAUUUCUCACACAGGAAAUUAUUCGGUACGAUCGACGGGCGAAGACGGGCUUAUGAAUGGUGCUUGCGGUGUUUAUUUACUAAUGAUCGAGAUGCAAUUUACAUCUCGUUGACAAAAGCUGGUGAUUUGCAAGCCUCUGCUGUAUGCUGUUCACAUUUGUUCAGUUUCAUUUUUUUCUCGCAAGCAUUUUUUCGAAUAAUUGUAAUACCCGGGUGCGGGAGGCUAUAAUUUAUUUUUUCAGUCGCUGUGUGUUUAAAAUAUUUUCCCGGCGUUUGGUGCCAUUAAUUUUUAUUAAGCUUUUGUUAAUGCAAAUCGGCAUAUUUUCACUGAAAUUUGAAAACUUUCUGUAGCAAUGCGCAUUUUACUUAAGCAUGUUCAAGUGCACAUUGUACAGUCUCCAAUUAACGACCUUCGUUGGAGAGAGUAUAAUUUGAGGUCUGAAACUUUAUAUAUUGCUGUGACAAUUGUGUGAAAGGAAGGAGAACAUCGUUUUGGCUUUAGCUAAGAAAGUUAUUUUUUAUGUUUGUUCACGUGCUUGUAACCUAACCUUUUUUGCACUGAUACUAAAAUAAUACCUUGACCUCGGUUAAAAAUCAAAUAAAUUUGUUAGGUUGUGAGUUCUCAGGGCAGGGUAGGGCAUUUGCCUUCAAACGUCUGUCGGGGGUGGGAUGUGAAUGCCAUAGUUGAGUUUCACAUUUUCUGCUGCUGUUAAAAAGCAAAAGAUAUGGCAUACUUUGUAAAGGAAAUGAGUUAACUUUAUUGCAGCAUGAUAAGAGAAAUAAACAGUGCUGUUACUUAAACAGUAAGAAAACUAAAAAUAUAUAUAUAUGCAAAUAAUUUUUAGAAUUACAAAUCACAAAAAACAGAGACUGGCACACAAUAAAGUUUCCAUCUAUCUACAAGUGCAUUGGUUCUUCAAACCGAAGAUUCUGUCGUUUCAUUGUUACACAUUUAAAUAACGAAUGAUAGUGGGAGUAUCAUAUUUGUUGAUCACAAUCACAGUGUAGAACACUAUCAUCUCUACUUACAUGUAUAUGAUGUCUUUUCUCUUUCUUAUUAUUUUUUUUUUCACAUUUAGUGUGUUUAACUUGUGUGUAGUUCAUUGUUGGUUUUUCUGUAUAUGCCAAGCACUUUGACCAUUAAAGGGACUAAUAGCCUGGGACCAGGCUCCGCAGUGAAGGAAAAAGGGAAAAAAUGAGGUCAAAUAGGAAAAAUAUCGGCAAGUGAAGGGAGCCGAGCAGUGGAUUGGGGAGGAGGGAAGGGUGCCUUUUAUGCCACCGAUCCACCCUCCAGCAAUUAUCGUGUCAACACAUCAAAUUCUCAUCACAGAUUUCAGCGUGAGUUUAUUAUGUUGCUUCUGUAAAAAAAUAUUUGAAUUCAGCAUGAAGUAAGAGUGCAAGUAAAGAGAUCUACUUAACUUCGAUUGCCAACUGGACAAACACCAGCUUCGGUGAAGAGAAAUAAAGACAUUUCAGAGGAAAAUGCACCACAUGCAAGCAGUGAACAGCCAAAUUGGUUCCUCAGGAGAUCCCACAUGUUCGCAGUUCGCAUCAUAAUGCUUGUUGACAUAGCUUCUUACAAUGUAGCAAACAAAAUAUUGCUAUUGGUAGAGUUUAUAUUCUGUGAAGGAAAGAUGUGUACCUUCAGCACCUUAUGCGACAGACGAUUCAGUUUGAGUGUACUGUAUUCCUGUUGAAUUUGUUGUCCGUUUUAUAAGGCAUGUCUGCUCAAAAUCAUGUACAAGUCAGUAAUAACCAUUUUCCCUGAUUUUCCUCAACCACUGUUAUCUUUGUCAGCCUGCGAGCAGAGGUUUGUCUCUUGCAUACAUAGCUUUUAGCGUUUACGAAGUUGUCUGCAUCGUUUGUCAUUUACGUAUUUGGUUUGUUAACUGGACUGACAAAUUAAUGCGAAUGACUUCGUAGAUGCUAGCUAAAGCCAUGCAAAAGAGAAAUAACUGCUCGCUCCACACAUUUGUGUUUUACAUGUUCUCGGACCUCAGGGCUUAGCUGUAUGCAGCACGCAUUCUUUGCAUAUGUCCACUGAUUUCUGGGUUUUAUCCCGCUUUUGGUAGGAGCAUGAUUAUAAUGCUGUGCCUUUUGAACGUUGGUUUGUGUAAGUCAAUCGCUUUGUAAAUGUGAUUUAUCACAGGAGAGUAUAAGGAAAGCUUGAUUUUUUUAAUGCUUCUUAUUCUUUUUGCAACAGAUCACAGGCAUAUUUUUUUCUCUUCUUGGAGGCGAGAGUAUAAGCGAAAAUUCUCACCAAGAAGUUUUUGUUGCUUGCUAGAAAUCCUAUUUUAAAAAUCUUUUCCCGAAUUGUAAGAGCAAGAUAUUGAAAGAGCGCGAUACUGCUGUCAACAGAAGACAUCAGAGCGUGAUACCAGAAUCUGGUAUCAUGGAACGGCGACAUCAAAGGCAUGUCUCCAGGCUCUGCCACCCUUUCCACUCCCCAGACUCUUGGCUCGCUUCGCUGGCAGAUUUUUUUUGCCCACACCGGUAUUUUUCUCCUUAUCACCCAAUGCAGAGCCUGGUCCCAGGCUAAGAGACUAAUAGCUUAGUACUGUAACUAGACCAUUUCCAAGUUUCCAAUCGGGGCAGUGGAAAAUACAGACUGCGGACUGACUGUGGACUAUUGUUGUUAGGGUUAGAAAAAAGUGGGACUAUUGUUGUCACAUUCUUAUUGGCAUGGUGAAAAAAAUAGUCUGCAGUCUGCGUUUUACACUGACCAGUCGCUAAUCCUGGUAAUUCUCAAAUUCCCUCACAUUCAAAAUGAAGCCAAGCACAAAACCCUUCAAGUGAAAAUAGUGAGUUUUAUCUGCAUAAGAAUUAAAAAUCGUUUUUAUAUCAAAGGCUUAUCACCCAUCCUCAUUUAAAACACUGAGACUUGAGGCAACUUAGAAAUGGGCUAUUCUAAGAUUUUUAAAGAUGAAAGUAUAAAAUGAAUGCAGAAAAACAAGUUAUAUUUUGGUGCCUUUUUUAAGCUCCAUGUCAGAGUUAAUUAUUGUAAAUUUGCUGGCCCUAACGUGGGGGAGAGGAAACAUUUUGGUACAGGGGAAGGGAUGGAGGCACUUGGAAUUGAAGGAACCAUACAUUAAAUUAAAUUUUAAUUUCUGCUGUCAAAAUGGUGGGACCUUACCAUUCAAAUAAAAUGUGGAAUAAUAAAUUUUAUUGGUGGUACUUAAGCUUGGUGCCAUUUUACAAAAUGAAUUAUGAUUUUUUUUUUCAUGAGUUUUCUUAACCUUCAGGUGCAGACUCACGAUUGUUAGUGAUAUCAAAGAGGACCCUUCUUGGCUGUUUGCCUGGUGGGCAUGAAGUUUACAGGAUUGACCGAGUGGCAGUAUUGACGCUAUCAUCUAAUGAAUCACCAGAAUUUGAACUUGAUGUAAGUUGGUAUAUAUCACCUGCAUGUGGUGUUAUUAACUUUUUACUUUCCAUAAAUAGCUCACUAGACUUUUUUCUUUAAAAAAAAUGACUGAAAUAUGUCUUAAGUGUGAAACAAACAUCCUUAGAGAUGAGGAGAGAGGCAAGAAGAAAGAAAAAAUUCCAGGAGUGCACCUUCACUUGAGAAAGACUCCGAGGAAGCAAAGGAUAUGUUGAAUCAGGAAGACAGGGAUGCUGUAAAGACCAACUUUCUCCUCCUACAGAAGCGAAGUAUCAGAACUGAGUUAGAGUUUAAGAUCUUCUAACUGAUCCUUCUGAAAAGGAUAACGUUAAGGAACUAAAAGAGGACGGUGUUAGGCAGCUUGGCGAACAACAGCACAGAAGAGAAAAACCACACUCAAAGAAACUUCAAGCCCUGUCUAGCCAGAUGCGCGCUUCAUGUUAACACCACCAAGAAGUCACUUUCAUUGAACUUUGACAUUUGAUCCAAAAAACGUAUUUCUUAUGUUCAAAAAUCAAAUUAAUAUGAAGGAUUUUCGGAGUAAAAUACCCACUGACAAAUUAUGUGAUAACAAUAUGAAAAGAUAUAUAAUUUAAUGUUAGUAGCAAAAUUUACAGGAAUUGCUUGUUUAUUUCCAAAAUUAUAUGUAUGUUAAGUCUAUUCAAUUUCACAGUUUAUAAAGUAUUUAUUGAUUGUCUUGUAAUUCAGACCACGGUAUUUGGUCAAGAGGACUGUUAUUUGCAUUUUUUUUCCCAUUCGCCUGUUAUUAACCGAGCUCUUUUUUGGUCUGAAAUAAGUCCUGAAAUAGGUAAAACCUUUUCAUCCACGCAUGCACAAUAAAACAUGAACCAGAAUCAUCUACCAUGUUUUACUAAAGAGCCUUUAAAGAUGUCUUGUCCACAUCACCCCCCCUCUCCACCACCACCAUUCAGGAGCACCCUACGACGGUUUCUUCCUACAUACAUUGGAAACACUUUUCAGGCUAUCCUGGGUACUUUUAGAUCCGAUCUAGAGUCUAGAAAUGCAUUCUAAGUGGCGCUAUAAAGUUUUCACAUCUGUUCGGUCAUCCUGGGGAAACUUGAUUCUUUUCGAAAUUACAAGGUCUUCACUAUUAUUUUUCCGAAAAUUUUAGAUCAAUUUAACGUAUUACGAAAGUAAGAAUUUUUCUGAUUCCUCUCUUCGUCACACUUUGAAUCCGAAAUUUUUGGUUUCCUUUUUUCUAGGAAAAAAAGCUUAACCUUGGGGGUGAAAUGUGAAAAAUUAAACUUCAGAAAAUUGUAGAGAAUUUAUUGGAUGAGCUUCGAAAAUUGUACAUGAAUAGAACGGUUAUUGAAAAAUUUUUAGCCGUCCUCAACUAAUAGAAAAUUUCUAAAUUUGCUUUAAAUUCUGCAUUUUGGAACAAAUUAUAGCCUUGUAUUGUUCAUAUGUAUUUCUUCUAUAAAUAACAAAAGAUCGUUGCUCAGAUUUCAAUCAACAACGGCCCCCACUAACAGAGGGUGGUCUGCCUGUGGUAAAAUGAUCAGGGAGGAAUGAAGGUUUUGAAGGCAAGAAAUGAAGGGGAAGACCAAAACGUCCGUAUAAAGCAGCUAAACAGUUUUAAAGGAGGCUAUAGAUAUAAAAAAAAAAGGAGACUCAACGAGAAAGCUCUCACACUAGUUAGCAAGCCAAGUCCAGAUUUAGGGUCAUGAAAAGCUGUUUAAAAUGUUUAAAAUUAGAGGCCCCUGAGUUGGUUAAAAAGACCUCUGCUUAGUCUGCCAAGUAACGCCCAGCUCGUCUCAAAUUUGUAGAGAAGUACAAAAUCUUUCUGUGGAAGGAGGCAGGGAUGAUUAUCUUUUUUGGAUGAGUGCCCCAAAUUUUUUUUUUUUUCCAGCUGCCUAAACUAAACAAAUAUUGUUUGGGGGUUGAACUGGCCCUUGCACACCACGUGAUAGAAAAGCUCAAAAUGGAUCAUCUGGGGUCUACAAGCUGUAUCCCACUUCAUUCAGCAACAUCUACAGAAUGUGAUUAAAAAAACAAAAAGGGCAUGCCAGUAACUGAAAUUCUGAAUACAUGUACUCAAUGGAGAAAUAAACAUCUUCCAGCAAUUUCAUGUAAAAAUAUAGUUUUGAUCAAAAGUUAUGGUGCAUGAAUUUAGAGGAACCAACUUUUGUGACACCCUGUAAUCUAGUUUAGGUAUUCCAUUGUUUACUACAUGUAUGUAAUUUAAAAACAAUAACCAUAAAUUAAACAGCUUUGGUUGUAUUGAACUUGUGGAAAAAAUGUUUUUAGCUCUAUAAGGUCAAAGAAAAAGUCAAAGCCAAUUGAAAAGAGAUUAAAGUUCAUUGAAACCUUUGUAAAUAUUUUGAUAUCAUAAUGGUGGCUUUUCUCUGGUAUUUUCUGGGGUAUUCUCAGCCAUGUUUCAGCAGCUUCUUGCAGCUUAGAGACACAACAGUUUUCAUAUGAUAUGAGAACUGUGCUCUUCUAAAAAUGUCAGGCAGAGUCAACCUCCCAUACCAGGCCUUUGCAUUCUUCAAGAUAGUUCCAAGUACACCAAUCACAAUGGUUUUUACAAUAACUGUCACUCUCGUGGCUCUGUGGAUUCUUUUGAUUUUGUUAUUAUUAUCAUUAUUAUUAUUAUUAUUAUUAUUAUUAUUAAAUUAUUAUUAUUAUCAGGGUUUAAGCCAGGCCGCACCAUUGCGCCAAUCCCGCACUGCAAUUGAAAUUGUCCCUUAAAAAAACGGCCAAGGGGACAGUUUGUAACCCCUCAAAAUUUAGGGAAAAAACUUGAAAGGAAGCACACGUGAGUGAAGAGAUUUAGUUCAGUACAGAAUUAUUGCAAGCUAAAACAGAAUGUGGAAAGUAUAUUUUAUCGCACGUUUAAAGUUCAUCCUAAAGUCACAUUUCAGUCACGCCCUACUGAACACGUACAUCUCAUGCUCAACCAAGCGUGGUGAAUGCACCUGGCAAUCUUUAACAUGUCGCAUCGAAAACGUUUUCGAACAUUAGAAAGCUUUUUCGCUCCAAAUCAAAGCCAGAGUGAAUCAGAGAAACAUGAUACAGAAGAAGAACAGUGUAUUAAUCAGGAAGAAAUGGAUGAGGAUCGAAGGAAACCGAAAAAAUCACUAACUUUCCAGAAAACUUGGUUGCGAGAUCACACGUGUGCUAUGAAAAGGAGGCGUACGUCUGCCAGUAAUUAAGAAAGGAAUUGAAGUUUACAAGGGAAUGCCGGGACAAGAUUCUGCUGUGAAAUGUUUUGAAGUAUAAAGCAUUGUAGUCAUUGAUCCUCUGUUUAAAUAUGACGAGAAAAAAAGUCUCGACACCAAUAACUUAACUUUUCUUGUUUGUAUCACUUUUCUUGUAUUACAAGGAUCAGGUAAAAAAAAUGUUUUUGUUAGCUUGCCUGUAUGAACAUAAAAAAAAUGUUGAAUAAAAAUUAAUUUGUCUGUCCCCCCUAAAAUAAAAAUGUCCCCCAAAAGUUUAGCCAAGGGGACAAAUUGUCCCCCAGUGAUCAAAUCCUAGCUCAAACCCUGAUUAUUAUUGUUAUUAUUAUUAUUCUGUGGUUAGCUUUGUGAACAGCACCAGAGAGGAAGUGGCCUGGGAGGGAUAGACAAUCAACAGAGGGGACUGGGACAAACAUGGACCAAAAUAAAGACUGCAGCUUCCACCUUGAAAGAAAAGGUAUUUGCAACCACAGUCGUCUGUAGGUCUAAUUUUGUAAAUUUUGCAUCUGCCCUUAAUCCUGGACGUACAUGUUGAGUGAAAUUGUCAAAACUGUUUUGUGCCUAGUAAAUUCAUGUACUUAGCUUUCAGUUUGAAGAGUUUCAUCUUUGAAUUUAACCAAAGAAUUAAAAAACACCUUGCUUACCGUCACUUAAUAUGUUAAAGAAUUGUUGUAAAAAGUAAGCUAUGCAGUGCAAAUACAGUGUUAUUAGAAAAAAUGUAAUUUUGUUGUAAAAUUAUAUUCUUACAUUGUCUCAUUUUUAUAGAACAUUAAGGACAAAGACUUGAAAGACAAAGAAAAAUUGGAGAGGAGAUUUGUUGAGGUUAGCAUACUUGCCUAAUUUCAGUAAUGAUUAUAUUGCAAAAAGUGUUAUAAUUUUGUCACUAAUAACAGAGUGAUGUAAAAUAAUCCUGUUUCUUUAAUGAAGGAGUUGCUGAAGAUGUUCAAUGACUCCGAUUCAUUUUUCUACUCACCAACUGGAGAUCUCACCAAUACCUUACAAAGACAGUUUAGUGGAAAAUAUAAUGCAGAAGAUCCACUUUGGAAAAGGGUGAGCAUUUUUUGUUCUUAAAUUUUUUGUGUGUUUUGAUUCAGAUGUCACCUAUUGAAAAUAAAAAGCUCAACAACAAACAUUGAUGAAAACUGCAAUACAUAGAAACAAAAAAUAUGUAUAAUGUUAAAAAUUAAAACAUUUGUGAUCAAAUACAUUGUACUGCAGAUUUAAAAAUUAAAAGGGUAAAUUUGCCUAUCCUUCCCUAGUUUUCAAGAGAUCUUACAUUUGACAUUCUUGACUUCGCAGGUGAUUUGAUUGUCAUCCUUCUCCUCUUUAAGCUGAUAAGAAUGUGCCUAUACUUACAUGCGUAAACACAUAUCCCAAGCAAUUUUUCUCAGAGAGUGGUUCAUGAAGUUGGUCAUAGAAUAGAGUGUCCUUUCCUGUAUCUUCUCCUAAUUAAUUUCCUUUUUUCUUCUAGCCUUACCCUGCCCUUUUUGAUAUGUUAUCCCUUAGUGGUCAGAGCUUUCCUAACAGUAUUAUAAAACCAUUGUAAUAUCUGCUUUCCAGAUUUUCUCAAGAGAACUUUUUUAUCAUACUCUAGAAUCUUUACCAUUUUUUUAUACUCCAGAAUAUUGAGUUUAACAGUUUAUAGAUUGUCAUCACUAACAAUAGUUGACAUUUUUUUUCCCAGUGCGACAAGAGGUUUUUCUGGAAUGAGUGUAUGGUGAAGGAGCUGUUGACCAGUGAGGUGAGUCUUUUUAGUGAACUUUUUCAGGUAAGUGUGGUUUGUAGUGUGAGUGAAGAAAUGGGACCUGCCUGCCUGCCUUACUUUUUUUUUUAGACCUAAUUUAGGGUUGUGGUGGUGAAGCAAUAAACCAUCACAUGAAAACUCUGAUUUGAAACCUUUUCAGUGUUUGCUCUACACUUGUCUGUGGAUUUACACUGUUCUGUGCAUAUUGAUGUAAACUUUAAUUGGCUUAAAUGCAUAAAUAAAUAAAAAACCAAGAUACAUGUAGGGUAGCACAUAAAUGUAGAAGUUGGUUGGUCAAGGUUCAAAUUUUACUGUUACUCAUGUCUUUCACUUCCCAUACAUAAUUUGUCUAAUUCAUUUACGCACAUAAAGUCAGUUAAAGUUUAUGUCCAUAUGCACAUAAAAUUUAGGCUUCACAGGGUGCGAAGAAAGUCAGUUUCACAGCCUGCCAUUCGGGCAAGCUGUAAUUAGCAUCUACUAGCCCACAAGUCAUUUCAACUAGCCCCAAAACCCUUUUUGGUCAGCAGGAUUGAUUACAAUCCUUCUGUAAUUUGAAUUUCCCAAAAAAAACAGCACUUGCCCGUCAGGCAAGUUAAGAAAAAUCACUAACCCGACUGCAAAAUCCACUAGCCCCGGACUAUUGGACACGACUUUCUUUGCACACUGGCUUCAGUGGAAAUCCAUCUUAAGAGAAAAGUACGCUGGUCCUCCAGUUUAGGCUGGGGCUGAUAACCCUCGGAAAGGGGGGGCGGGGUACUCUCUUAUAAUGGCCCAUAAGGGGAGGCUCUGCUUAAAAAGGGGCACACGUACCUUUUUCAGGCCUCAGAUAUAAUUAUGAAAGGCAACGUGCAAAGAAAAGUAGUGUCCGAUAGCCCGGGGCUAGUGGAUUUUGCUAUCGGGCUAGUGAAUUCUGUUUUUAACUUGCCUGACAGGCAAGUGAUGUUUUUCGAGGAAUUCGAAUAACAGAAGAACUGUGAAAUCAAUUCUGCUCGUCAAAAAGCUUUUGGGGCUAGUUGAAAUAACGUCUGGGCUCGUAAAUGCUAGCUUCAGCUUGCCCGAAUGGCAAGCUGUAAAAAUGAGUUUGUUUGCACCCUGAAAGGGUAGGGAUUUCACUAGAAGAAGUAUAAAAAUCAAUGCGGGAAAUCUGUCAUUUCCAUUUGUGAAAAGACCUAAGAGGGCUAACAGAAGAUAAUGGCUGUGGAAUAGUCGAGAUAAUUUCCUGGUUUUGUUAUUUUUCUCAUAGUUUAAAGAUAGCGCAUUUACAGCUGUUAAACUUGAAGCAACAUUCUAAAGUAGAUAUGUGAAAGGGGUACCAUUCGUCGAUGAACGCGGUCAUUCAAAAAGUGUACCUUUUUUAUCAAGAAUGGUGUAUACAAGGGUCAGAGAUUGGAUCUUGGGGUGGAGCCUCCCCAUCUAAAACUUUGUUGAGUAUCCCUAACCAGGAUAACAGAAACCAUAGAAAAUUCACAGACCCUCCUUUGUAGAGUAGAGGCCAAGACAUGUUGGAGCCAAGGCCAACAAAACCCCUUGUGCUAACCAGGACAUUAGGACACCGAGAACACCUUUUGAAAAAAAACUAAGCACGGCUAGUCAAAAGUUUUUACGGUUGAAUAUUUUAAAUUUGAAUUUUUGUAGGCAGGAUAAACAGAAUAGCAGGCAGAAAAGCAGAAAAGGCCUAAUCUUGUGUGGUUUUUGUUUUUUAUUAUUUAACUUAACUGUUGAGAAGACGGCAAAUAUUCCACUGAAAGCAGCAAAAUUUACGGCUGCUGGGUUACGACUGGACUGAAAGUUGACCAUCCUGGAAUGACUUGGUGUAGGCAGGAAGAGUGAAUAACGCAACGUGGCGACCAGGAACAUUUUUCCAGUUCUUCUGUCACUUUUUGCGCCGAUUAUUAGAACAAUGAUAUCGGCAAACGUCUUCCAAACAACCAGCUAUCAUUGACCAAAAUUAGUUAUGAAAUUUGGUCAAUGGUAGCUGGUUGUGACGAAUUGGUCAGGGGAUUUUAGUCAAUCAGGAACCGGAAAAUAUUUUGAAUGACUAUUGUUAGGCCAUUUUCGGGUUCCAAAACUCUCACUUUCAAAACGAGGCUAAGUGCAAAACUUUUCAUUUGAAAAUGAGUUUCAUUGCAUGAGAAUUCAAAAUCAUUUUCAUAUCGAAGGCUUUACAGUCACUUAGCCUAGCUUUGAAACAGAGGCUUGGCGUAACUGAAGUUUCUCUUGAGGCCAUUUUAACUCCCAAGAGAAACUGAAGACAAUGCUUAUCCAAAAUUUUGGGGUGACAAACAGAGAGCAUUAUGGUAUGUUAUAGUAUUUUCUGGAGUGGUCAACUCUCCGACUAUCCGUAACAGAGGCAAUUAAUUCUUACUUACGUAGGACCCGAAUUCCUGCAGUUGGGUUAUCCCCGUUAUUCAAGGCUAUUGUAAAAUAGCACAUUGUGUAAACACAUUUGAAGAUGAGGAUGUAGAGGAAGCUGAGAACAGGAGAAGUGUACCUUUCCCCCCUGAAGAGUUUGAUUUGGUUCUUAUAUCCAGGAGGAGCAUACACCGGGCUGGUAAGAAAGAACACUGUGCAAAAUAAACAAAUUUAUUUUGAUUAGUAGAUCUUUCUUUUGAUUUGAUCCGUCUUUUCGUCUUCUUACAAACCAAUUGGAGAGGAGUCUUAAACACUUUCCAUUUUUACUUAAGGGACUCGUUACAGAAGGCGUGGUGUUGAUGAAAAUGGAGAUGUAGCAAAUUAUGUGGAAACAGAACAGGUUUGUAAAAAUGUAACUUUGACGAAAAAGAGUACAACUUCUAGCGGUUGUUUCAAAUGAUACAUUAUUUGCAGUGAAGAUUCAACAGAGACACUUAGAUUUUAGUAACGUUUACAGGCAUCAAACUCAAUUUGUAUCGCGUGACCAACUUUCUUUUUUCGUUUAAUCUUUAUUACAUUUAAAGAAAAAGAGGCAGUAUUAUACCGGUUUCAUUUAUAAGAGUUAUUUUGCAUGGACCGUUUUUAGAAAUUGUCGUAAACGUGAUUUUAAUUUCUUUGGACUUACCUUCAGAUCAGACUACAACGCUUGGCGGCAUUCAAUUUUUUAUAUAACCUUCAGCAAGGAAAUACGACCUCAUUAAUUAUUGUUAAAUAGGAUUUAGGUGGGUGUGAGAACUUCUCAUUCCGUACAUGACAAAUCAGCCGUCAACGCUCGUUUUAACCGACAACUUCGAAACCGCAAGGCCAAAAGUUGUAAGGCUGAAUGAAUAAGUCGAAUUGUUGAAUAGUGAAAGGAAAAUUGAAAAAGACAAAAAACGGAUCCAUGAAACUAAAUGGUGCUCAAUGACCAUGGUGCUAAAUGGCAAUUCGUCAUAUACCGCUAAGAGGAUCGUGUCUUGCGCUUCAGGAAUCGGGUAGCGCCCUACGAGAAGCGUAGCGCGUAGCGCGUGCGUCUCGCAUAAGGGUAGUUCUCAUAUUCGUUGGAAAACCAUAUGAAAAAAAAUUCCCGGAUGAGGGCCGUACUUGUGAAGUGACAGGGCGGGAAAAACGUUUACGGUCCUGCUAGAAAAGCGUACUGACCGAUCCGGGUUCACUCCGUCAGAAAAAUUCAAAAACACUACGGUCAUAUGAUAAAAUGCUGCGCUGGGUCCGUACAUCCUGACCUUGAGCCAAAUAUUUUCCCGUACAGCCCUCCUACUCAAAUAAUAAGUACAGAUAACUUACUCGAGCGGUACUGUAGCCUGCGUGGCAGAUAUUUUAAGGGAAGGGAAAGGAAGAGUUAAGGCGUGCUAGAUCGUGAUAGGCGCGCGAAGAGGAAGAUACCCCCAUCCUUUAUUCCCUGUUUCGCUUGCUCUUCAUACGCCUGGCCUUCCACACUACCUACAUGUUAUAGCGACAGUUACAAUAAAACUGUGAUGUUCGGGGCCGAAAAGAGUUUCCGUAAGUACGUAAUAACAAGAGUUCGUUAUAAAGGGAAUUUGUUUGGGCCAAGCAUCUGAAAGUAUAAUUAUUAUUUCGAGGUAUCAGCCGAGAAGAUUAACAGUCUUAAUUUUUGUUGGUUUUACGUAACAGGUUUAACAAGUAGUUACUUUUGAUGCUGUUAUUUGUUUAUCCUCUUAAGUUCAAGUACGAGCAAUUUUUGGUGUUGAUUUGCAGAUCAUUUGUACUUCAACACACAAUGUGUCAUUUGUACAAGUCAGAGGUUCAGUGCCUGUUUACUGGAGUCAGCCUGGUUACAAAUAUCGGCCUCCUCCAAGAUUGGACAGGGGUAAAUUUGAACUAAAAACACCAUUUACAAAAGAACAUAAUGGUUCUUUUCUUUAGUUUCAUGAUAAAAUGUCCAACAAUCUUCAGUGGUGCAUUAAUGAUAGCGAGAAGACGUUGGCAACGAAUACACAAUCUUGAUGUACCUUCCUUGUAUUUUGUGACAACUUAAUCUAGAACUGAAAUUUGUCCGUGUGAAAUUGUAAUUGUACAGGUAUUAUAUUCAUGGACAUGUUUUUAUCCUACUUAGAUGAAAACGAGACUCAGAUGGCUUUCAGGAAACACUUUGAUGACCAACUGGAGCUUUAUAAAACUGUGGUUAGUAGUUUAAGUUGUUGUUAUUUACUUGAAUUCUUGUAGUUUACCUGACACGUUCGCCUCGCUACAUAUACUAUUCAGAAUGAAUUUUUGUGUUUGUGUAUCGGUCUUGAUUCUAAUUUUUUUUCCUCAGGCUGUGAUAAGCUUAGUUGAUCAAACAGGCAGAGAAAAGGUAAAACUGCAUGUGGACGACUAAUUCAGCGAUUAAACACCAUUGUAACUGGUAUAUCCUGCUAAUAAAUGGGUCCCUGCUUUUAGAGUAACUUUAUAGGAAGAAAUGUUGGAAAUAAACUUAACCAUUAGGGCAUUUAACAUUUGAAGGAUUAGUGCCCUAGCGUUUGAGAGAACGUGAGCCUGAGGUUCACUUUGUUUUGGUGGAAACCUCUUUCCCGCUUUACUCGUAUAUUACAGAGUUUUUAGUGAGCACCUGGGUUUUUAUUCGAGUUAAUAGAGACGUUUAGAAUCGAGGACGAGAACGACGACGAGUACGAGAUUUAAUUUGAAGAUUUUUCGCACACUGUCAAAUAAUAGACACUCAGAAAAGCUUGAUUGCGCUUUUUUUCAUCAGAAAAGUUAGCACUGUUUUCUUUUUUGGAGGAGGUUAAGCCCUCUCCCGAUCGGAAAAUGAUAAAGCUUCUAACAUUGAUAACCUGUUCCCGCCACUACGACAUUCUCGCUAAAACUCGGAGUAGAAUGACGACGCGUAUCGCGUUUUCCCGGCGAAAUGACGCUGAUUCACGCGAGAGCACUACUUACUAUUGAAAAAAUCUGGUACUCGUAGUCGAUCUCGUCUUAGAAUCUAAAGGUCUGUACUACGAUAUUGGAGUUCACACGCUUCAAAAUCGAUCAUAAUGACUUACAAAAGCUUUCCCGGGUGAAAUCAAAUUACAAAAAUGAACGUAGUUGAAUUCUAAAAUUUCACCUCUUUCAAGCCGUGUGGUGACGUUGGUGAUCUGAUGGUUAGUUCUAAGACUAUCUACCUUUUUUAGCGCGACAAAAGAAAACAAAUCUUUUGGGACUAUAUUUGCACGUCCAUUACCACAACAAUCUUUCAUUCUCAGCCUGUUUUAUUUUCAUUAUUAUUAAUUAUUGUUGUUUUUCCUAGAUCAUAAGUGAUGUUUUCAUGGACAAUAUCCUUGCCUAUAACAGUCCUUUUCUUACCUAUAUCACGUUUGAUUUUCAUGAGUACUGGUAAGUAACUUAUCAAACAGAGGACGGUCUUUUAAUAGUUAAUAUAGUAGCAGAGCGUUUUUUUUUUUUUCAAGCUCAAGGCACAUCUGAUAAUGGUUUUAGACGUUGAUAUCAAGAUAUCAAGCACGAGGCACAGUGUAUUAUCAGGUAUCAUAAAUCGAAAAAAGAUUUGAAAGUACGACGCGUAGCGGAGUAUUUGGCAAACUUUUUGUUGUUGUUGUUGUUGUUUUUUUUGUGAUGCGGCCAAAUCCAUUAGUUAAUAGUCACAUUGUGAACCCUCGUUAGAAACUCUCUGUCGCUGCAAAGCGGCUCUUUAGCUUUUGAAGUGUCACAUUUCAGCGUAAAACUCACCAGGAAGUAAAAUAAGGUUAGAAUCUUUGAACUAACUGGUUUUUGUUCUUACAGCCGUGGCAUGAAAUUUGAGAAUGUUUCGGUACUGGUGGAGAGCAUCCUUGAAGUUAUAAAGGAAGUGAGAUAUUGCUGGUGAGUUUCUUAUAAUUGGGGCCCAGUUGUUCGAAGGCUGAUUAGCGCUAACCCAGGGUAAAAUUUUAACCCGGGUUUCUUUUUGCUUUGAUCAAAAUCAUUUUCCCGUAGCCUGUGUACAGACGUCCCCCCUCCCUCAGAAAAGAUCACGUCUCUUCUCCCGAUUUUUUCUGACGGAGGGGGGACGUCUGUACACAGGCUAUUUCCCGGGGUAAUUUUCUCUAUUCUUUUUAGAAAAUGCAAUCAUCAAAUCGUAGACAAAAAGAAUUAAAAAAAUUAAUUUGAUUUGUAAGCUUUCAUAUCUGAAUUCAAAUUUCGAACUAACGCUGUGUUAUCUUAACCCUGCUUGGAACAAACCGACCCGGGAGCAUAAGAACUAGCUUGAAAGUAUGCGGUCGAAACAAAUGCGAAAAAAGAGAUCUUUCCAUGGAAAGGAUCACCCUACACUGAAAUUAUGAAAUUCACAAGUACAGUUUCUCUGUCCUGGAGUCCAGUAGGUACAUGUAUGAACAUUUUGUUAAUUUUGCGAGGCCCCCACAGUUUCGUGCUGUUUACAACAAUCUAAUAUACUUAUCUCGCGUAUCUUCUCCAUAUUAUUUUCGUAAUGCUUGGCAGAGGCUCUUGUCGGGCAAUUGUUUCUCGUGUAAAUGUUUUGAUGAUACUCCCUAGCAAUGGCUUCCUCUGCAUGCUAGUUCCCGUUUAUCACCGGGUAGUCUGUCCUGUACGCGUUUUUCUUUUAAUUCGCACGCGUGCUGUACGAUCUUUAACGAAAAAGCAGGUGUCUGAAUACACCGACUAGUGUAAUACCGAGUAUUGCAUCUUGUCUUUAUCCCUCUUUGUCUUUAAGGACGGAUGCCAAGGGAAUAAUCUGUGAUCAGCGAGGCGUGUUCCGUGUUAACUGUAUGGAUUGUUUGGAUAGAACAAAUGUUGUGCAAGCAGCUUUAGCACGACACAUUAUGGAGCAACAGGUAACCAUGGUGUAAAUAAAUAAUCCGGAAAGGGCACAACUAACGCCCCUUUUGUUAAGUGAUUUAUCCGGUUUGUAGCCCUGUCAAGCUUUUAAACAACUGGGGACCUGAAUGAUUGUUUUUGUAAUUAUCCGUAGCUAAAGAAACUAGGCAAGCAGCUCCCAGAUCAAAUCCUCCCCUCAUCUAUCAGGACGGCAUUUCAGGAAAUGUGGGCCAGUAACGGGGAUGCCAUCAGUCGACAGUACGCUGGUACUGCAGCGAUGAAGGUACAGACUUAAUUGUCUUGUUUAAUAGCAUAUGUCUGAUACGUGUUUAUCACCAACGUACACUCACAAGGUCCAGAUAUUCUACUGGGCCCAGUUGGCCGAAGGCCGAUUACCUCAAAAUAAAUCCGGGUUUCUUUUUCUUUAUUCAAAAGCAUCUUACCAGAAAAUUUUCGCUAUUCUUUUCAUAGCGUCCAAACAAAUUCAGUGAAUUUGCCUUUUAAUCUUUCAAAUCUGAAUUUUCAAUUUCGUACUAACCCAUGGUUAUCUACACCCAGAUUUGUACAGUCCAGCCCUUUUAAGCGUAGCAAGCGUUUCCGUGCGGUUUCGGAGAAAAGAACGAGGAACGAGAAAAGACCGCGCGAAAAAUGGCACUAGUAAAAGAGCGGGGAGGGCGUGGGGAAGAAAGGAAAGGAAACGCUCCCCUCCCACUCCCCCCUCUUUUUUUUCGGCUCUCGUUCCAUUUCUCGCGCGGCCAAAACCGAAAAUCCUGUUUUUUCCAAACGAAAAUGCUUGCUACGCAAGCUAAAGUUUUACAAUCAGAGAGGGUUCUGUGUUCUAUUUACAUCAUGGCAGUCUAAUAUCUGAUCCAGUUAUCACCAAUAUAUGCCACUUGAAUUGCCCGUUGCUUUAACUCCAUGUAGGACCCGGAUUUUUCUUAGGCGAUGUAUGUUGUUGCCGCCCUAUCUGGUCUUACAUGAUAAAUGUUUCCUGGUUUCUAGGGAGACUUCACCAGAACCGGAGAGAGAAGGUUUACAGGUGUGAUGAAGGAUGGUUACAACUCCGCUAACAGGUUUGCUUUCUUACUUUGGGGAUAUUCAUCUUUUUCUAAUGAUGAAUGUAUAAAUGUCAUAUAUUAUAAAUUAUAAUAUUUCGUCUUUCCCGGGUAUAUUACGAGCCAAUGAAUUUAAUGACCAGCUCCCACUUGGCUUAUAAUUCCGGCUUCCUUUUCGAAACUGCAUAAGUAAUGAUCUUCUCGUCAUUUAUUUAUUCGUCUAAUAAGCGUUAUUAUGUAUAUUCCACAGUGGCUUCUAAUUGUGUAACUCACUAUCUGCAAUACAUGUACUCUGUUUAUUGUUUUUAAGCGUGUUGCUUUCUCUUUGUGGCUCUGCAAAAAAUGUAGCAUUCGUUAUAUUGAAGGUGGACUGAGAUAACAAUAAAGCAUUUCUCUUUUUUGUUGUAGAUAUUACCUAAACAGAUUCAAGGCUGCUUACAGGCAAACGCUGAUUGGUGAGUUUCUUUUGACUGUCCAUAAAAGCCCACAACGGGACUAAGUGUAGUCGGGCGUAGUGACCACUGGAAAAGCUGAGUUGAAUUGGUGUUUAAUACCAGUGUGUUUGCUUUUUUGUUGUAGACGUCAUGCUUGGAAACCCAGUAUCUGAGGACAUAGCAGCGCUGAUGGCAGCCAUGAGAAACGGCCCUGAAGAGGAACAAUGGACAAUGGAAAGAGAGGAGUGCGUGGCUCAGCUGGUACAGCACUGCAAACAACUGCUUCUUACUGAUGAGGAGGAAUGCAUUAAUGGAUGGGCUUUGGUUGAUCCAUUUUACAGGUAGAACAUUUAAGGUUACCACUAUUAAUCAUUCAAGUGAUCCUCAGACCAAUCUACCGUACCCCUCUCCCACCCACCCGUGGGGGAAGCUUACGCAACAGGACGGGAGAGGAAAGACGACGGCAAACCUUGUGUGACAAGCGUGACAAUAAUUCUGUUUGAAAAAACCUUCCGGCAAACUUUACGUUCCUUUCAACAGAUCUUUUCGUAGAAGAGCUUAAAACAACAAUGUUAAGUGAAUUUCCUACAAAACACGUAAGUAAUAGCCCCGCCACGUUUGUCACACACAAACGAUUUGCCGUCCUCUUCUUUCUGCCGUCCUGUUGCGUAAACUCACUAAUGCCAAAAACUGACAUUCAAAAUCCCCAAUUUUCCUUUUUUAAAAUUUCUGAAAAAGACAUGAUACCAUUUGCUUACUCUUACAAAUAGCUGUAAUUGGAAUGGUCAGACCAAAGAUUCUUGGACAGACUCAAAUGUUAGAAUUAAAAUGCACAACGUGACGUUUGGUUCACUUGAGUGUACGUCUCAAUAGCUUUCAUUUGAAUUUCCUAGGUUUAGAUCUACUCAUUAAUAUAUUCGGACCAAUAUGCACAGAAAGAUAGCCGCUGGGCAAUAUUAUGUUUUCAUUUAAAUUAUCGCAUUAUAAGAAGUCACUGGUCGCACUUUAAGAUUCCACUCAAAGACUCAAUAGUCAUAUAACCACCUUUUUAGUAUGAUGUACCGACAAUAAUACAUUUUCCUUUGUAGCACGGAUGGAGAGGUGAAUCAAGAUCAGGAUGUGAUUCUUCUGCUCACUUUCCAAGCUUACUACGUGGCUAGGUAAGCUGGAUGAUGUUUCCCCUGUCUGUUUGUUUGUUUGUUUGUUUGUGAAACUUAAAAUUUAGACGGAAAUUGAAAAAAAUAACAAUUCUUUUCCAAAUAUCAAGAACUCCUUGUAUUGAUGCAUUUGAGGUUUGAAAAGCCUGCGUAAGUUGAGUUUGAUCUAUCGUUUAAAUUCAGAAUAACAAUAAUUAAAUUUCAUUCACUACUACAGUCAUCUUUUGUCGGUGUUUUGGAGGUACUAGAGUGUAUUUCCGCCAGGACUGCAGGUGCUAACUUACGUCUUUAGCCUUUGAUUCCUUCAUUUUACAUAGACCAUCGUUCCCAUUUUCCCUCUUUCCCAUUUUCCAGCUCCUUACUUUUUCGACUGCGUUAAUGUACUGUUUUUUUUAAUAUGCAGCUAUGAUGACGAGGCCGAGAGAAUAACUCAGUAUGAACGCAUCGCCCUUGAAGACUUGGAGAAGGUCGAGAUUGGUGAGUGCUUCAUUGCAUGCCGUUGUAACAUACAUAAAUACAUGGUAUUUUGUUUUUAAGAUUGAUUUUAAUAGUGACAAUUACUAAAACUGACAUAAUGACUAGAGACUACUGGUACACUAAACAGUAUCAAUAAUUACAACCACUAGUUAAUAAGAGGAAAAUAAAGUCAACUUCACUUUUUGAACGAUCUCUGGGAGAUCAAUAUAAUGGUCGUCUGAAGCUAGGACGUCAAAAAGAGUUAGUUUGAUUUCCUCUUUAAGGCAUUAUUCGAAAGAUUUGUGAAAGUUACAGGCAUUUCAUUCCAUAUUUUUGUUCCGAUUCUAGAAAACGAGUGAAACCACUGACAUGAAAAAAACACGUCUUUCAGACAGUACGUUUCCUCUGCUUUCAAUUACUACAAUACAUUACUAACCUCUGUUUAUUGAUUUAGGACAUGAAGCAAGUUUCAAAACCAAGUACCUCUUUACUCGCAUAUUUCGGCGGCAUCAGGGGAACUCAGGUUAUUUCCACACCCUUCGAACCAUACAGCAUCGAACAGCUGAAGAUGCAAGAAGUAAGUUACUCUGCAGGUGUUUAUUCGUGCUUAGCACGUCCUCGAAUAAAGCAUUGAUUCUCGCUGCUGUAAAACGCAGUCUCGAGGACCAUGUUUUGGUCAGAUGUCCGAAUAUCCGGUUGAAACUGCAGUGCAAUCCGCUUAAGUUGUCAUAACCCUUGCAGACAAUACUAUUGGAUCAUUUCUUGUGUUCCUAUUUGUUCUUAGUUAUGUCAGGAGUUUGUUUGCCUUGCUACACUGUCCUAUCAGAUAAAAAAAUCUCGCACCAUUUCGUUGACAUAUCAUGACCAAGAUAAACUAGCUCUCGACUUCCGAUCGGCUCAUUCGGUGAGUGCUUUUCGUUUUAUCAAUACUCUAUUGGAAGUGGCAAUAGUAUUUUCUCCAUUUUAGGUGUUUUGCUGUGCAUUGCGGAUGCAUUUGCCACCGCCAGAGCAUCGCUAGACCUGGGUUUAAAAGUCACCGAGUGCCGACUUGACAGGUAAAGAGAAAAUCCAUUUGAAUUGGAGCGGGGUAAUUCAAUUAGGUGAUUCUCCUCGUAGAGCAGUUGUAGGGACAUUUCAGAUUCAAAUUUUUUUGUACUAUUACAAGAUGUUCAAUUCAUUUUAAUUCCAAUUAUAGAAUCUGUACAUGACGUCCUCUGGUGGGGCAACCAUUGAGACAAAGCCUCUUUGGUUCUAGUUCUCCUUGGUUCCAUUUGUUUGUAAUAUUUUUGUUUUUUUUUUCGCCCACUCAAUCGGAAGUGGAAGGGUUGAGAGUGCCACACGUUGCAGACUUGAGUCCACAUACUAAGAUUUGGUGGAGAUCAGUAGCGCAUUACUCUCCAAAGAUUCGGCAGCUUAUAGGUGUCGCAGCACAAGUCUAAAAAUAGAGUAAAUUUGGCAGUACAACACUAAUCGGCCAGAUAGAGGUUCAUGGUUUCUCGCCCUCUAAGGGUUUUGGAAACUGGUUUAAUUGUUUUCCCGUAACACUUUGUCAACAAUAUGAUAAUUUUUUGGCACGAACAAAGAACUUUAGUAUAUCAGCCGAAAAUUUAAUAAGCUGUAGCUCAGGCUCCUGGAUAAUAGCCCCUGGUAGAGUAGAGUUAGAGACUUGUUACAUCAAUGUAUGAAAUCCAGUUAGUCCUUUCCUGGGUCAAGACAUGCGCGAGAAGAAUAAAUUUUUAUUCCAGGAAAAGUUUUGAGGUAGGUAGCGUUAUUUACCACAUGCGAAUGUUUUUGUGUACAGCAGUCGAGGAAAGUUUGGAAACUUUGCUCGUAAAUGUGGGUAAUGGUCGGUUCAUGAGUCUUGUCAUGAUAUUUUGUUGGUUUUUCCUCCUCCUCCUGUUCCUCAUCCGUCUUCUCCUUUGCUAAAAAAUUAAUUUUCGUUUCAUAUCGUUACAGAAGGAAAAGCAAACCUUCACCUAGCUUGAUUCAAAUUUCUUCCAAGUCCUGCCUCAGUAGCUGGUCAAGUACAUCUCUUCGACCAAAGAGUAAUUCUGCGACCGAUCGCGCUCUGGAUGACUCAAUUUUUGCCUCCAUAAAACGUGCAAAGCCUGGCGGACUUCCUACUUCUUUCUCGGACCCGUGUCUCGCCAAGAGAGUCUUGGAAGAUUCAGAGCAGUUCAAGAUUGCUAGCUCCAGUGCUCCGCAGAGUUGUUCUGGUAGCUCGGGUAGUGAAGUCGAAGAUGAUGACUCUGGGGAUACUGAUGAAAUGGAACAUUUUGAUCCAUCGAUCAAAAACUCUGGUCAGGGAAAGGAUGAUGGGCAGAAGUUGGCAAAGGGAGCUUGUGUCAAUGGAGAUGUUCUCUCAGAGGAUAAAACUGAGAAUGACAAAAUUGAAAAUGAGAACUCUGAAUUUGGUCUGAGAAAGAAGGAACUUCAGGAAGAAAGCUGUUCUGAUCAACUAGAAACUUCGAAGGAAUGUGGAUUUGUUGUUGGGGACGACACCGUAGAGAGUUUAGACGACGUUGUAGGUGCUAACGACCAAGAAGUGUACGCCGGAGAGGAAGACAUAACAGAAAGAGGGAAGGAAGUAUAUCAGAAUGGUAGAGAUAAAGGAAGUAGCAUUAAUCAAAUAACAAAUGGCGAGUCAAAGGAAGUACACUCAAACGGACACAGUGACGCCUCUGAACGUGGCAGUAAAAACGGUGAAAUUGAUUCACUUCAAACACAAGAAAACAGUAAUCUUAAUUCUAAUGAACUGAGUGUCAGGUUUAAAGAAAACGACGAAGUUCAUCGAAUUAGCUUCCACGGUACGACUGCCACUAUGAGAGUCAGUCAUUCGAGCGUCGAACUGGGAACAAUGGCAACUGCUGUGGAAAGCGAAAAAAGGGACGAUAAAAGCCCAGAGAGGAGACGAUUCGGGGCUCGUUUCCCUGGAAAUCGAGGCUUAAAACUCUUCGCCACUGCGCAGGCGCGUGGGCGCACCCUCAUACCAGAACUGCGUAAUAAGCUGUCUUCAUUUUCUCAGCAAGUUCGAUCACGCUCACCGCGAUCGAGCACCAAACGACCGAGCCUGCACACUGAACCUAACACUGAACAGAGGAAGUUGAGAAGAAAGUGCCGAACUAAAAUUAUUGAAUUAUGA